AUGGCCAUGCAAAUGCAGUAUGAAGCUGGGGCAACCGAGGAGGAGAACUUUGGGCCCCAAGCCAUAUCCCGUCUGGAGGUAUUGUAUAAAUAGAAACUUUCUGACCGAUAGCCGAUAACUGAUAACUUACCGAUAUUCUGUACAUUUACCGUUUUUAAAGGAUCACUAUAGGGUUAGGAACACAAACCUCUUCCUGACCCUAUAGUGUUAAAACCACCAUCUGGACCCCUCAUGCCUCCAUAAAUAUAGCAAAAUCUUACUGUAUUCAAGCCUGAACCUGUAACUCUGCAUGCUGUUAGACUGUCUGCUGACAUCAUCAGAAGUGGUAGUCUGAUCCAAUCACAGUGCUUCCCCAUAGUAGUAAUAGUGUAGUGUUAAAUUGGAAUGGGGUCAUUUUUAUUUUUAACUUAAAAAAAAAAAAAAUUUAAUUCAGCAUUUUGUUUUAGUCCUCCCUCCCUGCUUUUUCUCUGCUCCUCUCUGGUCACGGAGGGGGAACAUGACAUUCUCUGUGGGGGCCCAGCACACUCUUACUUCCCUUCUAACUCUCGCUGCCUGCCUUCCGUGGUAACCCAUGGCAAUGCUCUAACGGCUGUGGGACUCGCAAGAUUUAGACAGGGGAGCUGCUGGGAAGGUAAGUAAGAGUGUGCCAGGACCCUGAUGGCGGCGCUGGUCUGCAUUAUCGACCAUAUCGGUAUCUUUAUAGGCCAACACUGAUAUUGCUGAAUAUCCGCCAGGUCGAUCCCUACACUCUUGUGUUUUGUGGGAGUUUUUUGUUUGUUUUUUCAGAAAUGAUUCCCUUUUUUUUUUUAUUUAUUUUUUUUUAAGUUUCUCCAAACCUCUCUAUAGUUUUCGGAGUGUUUCUGUUUCUUGAAUUUUAUUUCUCUGAAUUCUUCCCUUUAUGGGGCAUGUAUAAAAGCAUUGUAACAUCACAUUUUUAUCUUUCCAAAGCAAUGUGGAAUAAAUGCAAAUGAUGUCAAGAAACUGGAGGAGGCUGGAUUUCAUACGGUUGAGGCAGUCGCAUACGCACCAAAGAAGGAAUUGCUUAAUAUAAAAGGAAUCAGUGAAGCAAAAGCUGAUAAAAUAUUGGUAAGUUCGUCUGCAUAUAUUUUCAAAUAAAAUCUGUUCCAAAGAACUGCAGAGUUUGUAGAGACCACUUCUCUCAUUCCUAUUCUCGCUCAGAUCCUUUAGACUGGUUCUGAUUACGUUGCUGUUUUUGUCCUUUGGCAUGUUUACAAGGCGUGUUUACUGCUGGGCUUUGUAUAUUUUAUUCAUUUAAGAAAGUUUGCCCUCUGUCUUGAAGGCAGAAGCUGCUAAACUGGUUCCAAUGGGCUUUACUACAGCAACAGAGUUUCACCAGCGACGGUCCGAAAUCAUACAGAUAACAACCGGUUCCAAAGAGCUGGACAAACUCUUGCAAGGUACAAGCAGUAUUUCUAUUUACAUCUUAAUUUCUCGUACAUUGUUUCUGGUGUAUAAAAUGAAAUAACAAAACCUGGAAUUUUAGCAAUAACUGGUUUUGAAAGUACAUUUUGUUUUAUCAGUAACUUCUCACAAGGUUUUGAAUGUUUUUUUAUUUUUUAUUUUUCUUCUCCUUUCCCAUCCCUUGAACAUUGGUGUGCCAGUGUUUAUAUUUCUUUAUUUUGUGCUCCCACACCAGGUGGUAUUGAAACGGGGUCUAUAACGGAGAUGUUUGGUGAGUUCCGUACCGGCAAGACACAGCUGUGUCACACUCUAGCAGUUACAUGUCAGGUAAGGCUAUUUUUAUCUUGCACUGGUCUUCAAGGAUUAACUUUUAGUGCAUUUCCCGCAUUUCUCCCCCCCCCCUGCUUUCUUUAGACAUUGUACACCUGUUAAAUCUUCUCACUGUUGCAGCUCCCCAUUGACCGAGGCGGUGGUGAAGGAAAAGCCAUGUACAUCGAUACCGAAGGCACGUUUCGCCCAGAACGUCUUCUUGCAGUUGCUGAAAGGUAUAUAUUGCAAGGAGUGUUUGUCACAGAGCAAUUUUUGCAUUUUAAACUUGUCAUGACAAACUACCUUCCAUUUAGUAUUAUAACAUUAAGUUAUAUAUUUUACUGCACUCUAGACUAAAUGCAUAACAGUUUUAUAGAACUCGAUCGCUUGAAUCUCAGAUUACAAGGGGAUCUUUCUGGCACAUGCGUGUGUCUUCUUUUAAGGGUACUUUCUAUGAAAACAUGUGCCGUUAUCAUUUUCUUGUAAUUGUUAGCCCUCGUUUGUUUCUACAUACCUGUGAUCUAGUACCAGCACAGCUCCUUUUAGCCCAUUUGUCCAUUAAAAUCGAAUCGUGCACUUGGCACAAAGAGCACAUGCCACCAAUAAAAUGGUUAUUACUGAUCAGUGAUGAGAUCUUUCAACACCGAAGAAGCAGCCUGUGUGUUGAUUGUUGACAGACACAGACUGUGUUACAGUGAGUUCUUUGGCAGGUGAGGCUACAAGCACCUCUUUCUAUUCACACAGGAUUGAGGUCUGGCUUUGAAGGGACGAUGUUUGAAAACAAUAAGGCAAAGUGGUUAUGGUGCCUAGAGCCCUUCUGUGGCAGUAGUGAGCAGACAGGAUUACCUGCUCAAUACUCUGCAAUUACAGGGAAUGAUUAAAAGGUGGAUUGGCCUAAACCUGCUCUUUAAAGAUCGCACAGCUAGAAAUGCCAGGUAGAGCUUCAGCAGCCUUUUAUAUACCUUGUCUAUCUGUAAGCGAAGGAUCCCCACCCAGAUAUGUCAUGGACGCUGCGUUAGACUGACUCCUUUCCGGGUUUCUAACACGAUUUACUAUAAACCUGCAAACUUCUGACCAGCUGUUUAUUUUCUAGGUAUGGCUUAUCUGGUAGUGAUGUUCUAGACAAUGUAGCGUACGCUCGAGCCUUCAACACGGAUCAUCAGACCCAACUUCUGUACCAGGCGUCAGCCAUGAUGGCGGAGUCAAGGUAUAGAUAAUUAAAUUCUUGCUGACUGUUUAUAUUUAAAUUCUGUCAUUGCAUGUCAAUAACGGUCCUGAUACGUUUACGGUCAUUGGCGCAACAGGAAAUGGUAAUACUGUGUGCGCCUCGGGGAUGGAACUAGUUAUCUACUAAUAUUUCUACCCGGAGAAUAUUAUAGCAACUAUCUGCGUGCACUGCACUUGGUCUGUUCUGAGAUCAUUUGAGACCUUGUACCCACCAUCUUUUAAAUAUUAAUGUUUGUAUUUAAAUUCAAAGUGAGCGUGAAAUAACUUUGCAGCAUUUUUUCCUCCAAUCUGUAUGACCGGUCAUGUUGAAAGCUGACUGUCUAAUCCAUUAAAGAUGCCACUUCUUACAGAUACGCACUUCUCAUCGUGGACAGUGCAACAGCGCUUUACAGGACAGAUUACUCUGGAAGAGGGGAACUCUCCGCACGACAGAUGCACUUGGCUCGCUUUUUGCGUAUGUUGCUGCGGCUUGCAGAUGAGGUAAAAGCUUUGUGAUUUCAUGAAAUGUGAUUAACAGAAGUUGCUAAUCAGCUAAUUUCCCUGGAUACUAAACUUUGCUUUAAAUUCGGAUUGAAUCCAGCCAGAGAGUAAACCUUACAAGCAAAUGUAAUAACGGCUCCAUCACACAAGGGGCUGUUUGAAGUGAAGCUAUCAUGAUAUCAUGGCAAGUUCACUUUAACUGAUAACAGCGCCAAGGAGAGUAAAUAUAUAAUUUAUCAAAAUGGAGGUCUUUCUUUUAAGAGCCGUUCUAUUAAUACCUCCCCCCCAGCAUUGCCAGUGCUGCCGUGACAGAGGGAUCCUUGUACCUCCAACCCCCUUUUUUUUACUCCGUUAAAAACUUCCCCAAGCAGAGCAAUCCCUGCCCCUUGACAUGGCUGUGCUGGCUUCACUACAUAGUGACAUUGGUUACUCUAUUCCUAUACUCCAUGAAUCUCAGAUACUAAAGGUUCACGUGCUGUACUCACCGUUACAGACAGACUAUAGGAGGGCUCUCCACUGUAACUCCCAUACCAAUAUAUGCGGGAGAGGGUCUUUAUUUUUAAUCCUUUGUUCAAAAUAUCUAUCACUGACAUUUCUGCCACCUCCCCGGUUUAAAAUGUCCAAUACCAUGACAGGUUCUCCCUCACUGUUUUGUAAUAACCCUCGAUUUCACAUUCAAUAGAGGGGCUUUCUUGGCUUCAAAAAAAAGAAAAAGUUAGGACAUUCUUUAUUCUUUUGGUAGUCAUUCAGUACAUUACAACUGUGAACAUAUUUGGGUGAACAUCCAUUAAACAUGAAAGCAUUGAAUUAUUGGCUAUUGAUUUAAGAUCAGUAUUACCACUGCUGUGUCCGUAGUGUGUAGGUUCUUGUCAGCUACGGCUGCGUUUCAUCGGGGGCUGCUGUUAAAGACUUUCGGCUUAGCUGUCACUUUGGUAAUGUCUAUUGCAGGCAUGAGGUGGGUAGGGCUUCUAACUCUUGUGUGUUUCAAACUAUUUAUAAUUUUCCCAAUUAGUUGGUUUUAUAUUUAAGUGAUUAUGAAAGGAUUAGUCUUACAGCAGGGGUGUCCUGCAGCAUUGGAAGGUUAUGACCACGCAUUUGUAUUAAAGCAGGUGAUUACCACUAAACAGAUUCUGGCUGUAAGACUAAGCUUGCGUUGUGUAUUCAGACAACUUAAACAAUAACCACUAAACGUUAAUCGAAAAGAAAUGGCAAACAAUUAGGACACCUUAAGGACUGCAGGCUUCUCCUCUUCAGUUUCAUCCUCUUCAUAACGACUAGUGAUGUAUUCCUCUAUAGCGGCAGAGUCUUCCUAAUCCCGUCCAAAUUAUGUUGUCACAACUCUCCUGAUUGUGUCUAGCAGAAAGUAAAGGGAUAAGUCUGUGAGAUGUGUGUAUAUAUCUCCAAAUAAACUAUUGUCUUGUAGUUCGGUGUAGCGGUUGUGAUCACAAACCAGGUGGUGGCGCAAGUAGAUGGAGCGGCCAUGUUUGCUGCUGAUCCCAAGAAACCGAUUGGAGGAAAUAUCAUUGCUCAUGCAUCCACUACAAGGUGAUCUUCUACCACAGUGUUUGUUUUACAAAAUUCAGGAAAGAAAAUGCAAUGGGGGUUUAGAGAUACAAAACUUGUGUGAAUUUUAUGUGUAUAGAAUUCACAGCAUUUCUCUCAUUAUUGACAACUGUUUUCACGUGCUCUGAAUUCCAACUAAAUUGGCAAUUUGCUAAAGCCAAGUGCAUUCAGGAUUCAGUCAGUCCAACCAAUUAACCACUAAUAUCCAUAUCAAUAUACAGCACAGGAAUCUGUGAUUCAUCAAUAACCGACUGCAUCCAGCAGGAUCCAUGUUUGCAGUUUAUCAUUCAGUUGUUUUUUGACAGUGAAUUGCUAGUUUGAAGAACUAUUUGCCUGUUGGCAGUGCAAACCCGCCUCCACAUCUAUGGGGUUCAUUAGGAUAUUACUACAAUGGAGAUUGUAAACAUUGCGUGACUAGCCAGCCAUUGCUGCUGAGGGCCAGAGAAGGCCCAUCAUCUAGGGAUUAGGCCUGUGAAAAUACGAGGGAGGACAGUGCCCCCACCUGUGGGCACCAGGAGCUAAUUGAACUAUUAAUGGUGGAGGACAUGGUGUCCUCCUGGCCUUGGGCUAUGGGUGGAGGUCGUAAAAAGUGGGUGACUUGCCUAUAGUCCCUUGCCCCCCACCCACGAGUGGGGGCCCUAUUAUAUAAAUGGAUUGUCACACCUCCCCUGGCCCCCAGGCAGAAGUCUCACUUCUCUCGAGACUUGGCUGUCAGUGCUCUCUGGUUAGCUUACUAGCCAACCAAUCAGAGCACUCUUGGUCAUACUGCAAAGUGUAGGAAACACUCCCAGCGACAGCUGUUAUAGCUUUAGAAAGCCGAUGUAUGGACUUUCCCUGCUGUCGGCGUUGAUUGUGCAAGGAGCCCUCUAUGCGCCAAAAUGGAUUCUUAUUUUAUUGCAGCACUUUUAUUUUAUUUUGUCAUUGGGUCUUAUUUUACUUAGUGGUGUCUGUGAUUAUGGAUUUAUUUUGCUUUUUAUGGGACUGACUGUUUUCAAAAUGGAGAAGGUAAGUGUUUUAGGGGGUGACUAGGGGAUAGAGGACACCUAGCUGCUGUGGGGUGGAGGGGGGGCAUACUUUUUGGGAGGACAGACAAUGGCACUCCCUCCACCCCCCCUUUUUUUUAUUUAUUUUUUUUAUAUUAUUUAGGGAAACGUGUGCUGGCCAGGGGUCCCCCCAUUAUUCGUAUUAGGGCCCCCACCCUUCCCCCAUAGGUAGUGAAAGGCUAACACUGGUGUAAAGGUUCCUGUGUUGGAAUGAAUCUGUUUACAUUUUUUACCUAGUGCUAAAGAAACUUUGUAGGAUGUGCUCCCCAUCUCAGAGAGGGAAUGUCUAACCCAUUACAUGGUCCUAGCAUCCUCUGAGUACGUAGUCAAAUUGUUACUUGAAUUCUGCCGCCACUACCUCUGAAAUGCUGUGUCACUAAGCCACCACUGCAGUGCUGCUUCUAGGGGCUAACGCCCCUUUACAGGACUUUCCAGGUGCAGUGGUAGGACAUGGGUAAUGUUACUAAGUCUGGGAGGCUGCCGGGUACUGCUGGCAUCAGAAUGCUGUAUUUAACAUGUUUUUCAUUUUGUGUUUUUUUUACUAGUCUUAUUGCUAUCCAAUUACGGUCAUUUUCAGCAGUACUGUGAAUUAAAUGUCUUCUUCUCCUUCAGGUUAUACUUAAGAAAGGGGCGGGGUGAAACCCGAAUCUGUAAAAUCUAUGACUCUCCUUGCCUUCCGGAGGCGGAGGCCAUGUUCGCUAUAAAUGCAGAUGGAGUUGGAGAUGCAAAAGACUGAACGUGAUCUAUUUGUUCUCAUGUGAAACGCUGCCGUAAAGACUACUGAAUUGUUCCUCUCGGGAGUGAGAAACUCCAAUGCUGGAGCUGCGGAGGCUCUGUCACUUUAUAAACAGCAUGCGGAUACUGAAGCUGGAGAUCCUUCAGAAUGCCAGUAAUGGAAACAUAAAGACUAGUUAUAACACCGUUAAGGCUGUGAACCAGGAUUUAAACCCGGUUUUUCUCACUGCAAGCAAUACAUGUUCCUGUGAAAGAAGUUCUACAGUUGAUCACCCACCCCCUCCCUCCCCUUCGACAUGGGGUAGCUAAAAAAUAUUUUAUUAAAUUUAUCUUUAAUGCUAAAUACGCAAACGUUCAUGUAUUUUGUAGAUUUAAUUUUUUUGUUUACAAACUGACAGCAGCAGAAUAAAUAGUUGUUGUCUUUCUGAUUUCUUCGCCUAAAACAUAUUUUGCCCUUUUUCUGGCCGGGAGUGGGUAUGAUAAAUAUUGCUGAUUCUUCUAGCAUCAAAGCUUUAGUUUCCUGCCUGUAGAUAUGUGAAGGAAAUGGUAUUUACAUACAGGAAUACACGCGUGGCAGUUUUCCUGUAAUGUUCGUAGAGCUUUGUAGUGGUAUCCAUGGUUUAAAGGCCCGUGCUGACUGCUCACACAGGUAUUGGGAAAUUACAGCAUCACCUCUCUAGUCAGCCUCAAAACAAGUAUCCAAGUACAUGGAAGGAAGAUGGCUUCAGGCUGCAAACGCAGGCCCCUUACUCAUCGGAUAACUCUUGUAGAAUUUCCAUUUCAUCCAAAUUUAGUUGACACUAAUUAGCUGAGUGUCAGAUGUAGUGGUUAUGGUGCUUAGAGUUCCCUUUAGUGAGAACUGGAACUUCUGAGAAACGUGGGCGUGAUGUAUGACUGGGAGACCCAGCCUAUGUAAUGCUGUGUGUGUGUGUGUCGUACAUUUCAAACCCUGUUAGUCUGUUAAAUGAUUUAUUUUGCUCUAUAACAGGCUGUUAUGGUUUUCAUUUUAGUUAUCCCUUUCAUGUAUAUAAAUGUAUAGAUUUAAAUGUUUUCAAAAAUAAAUUGUAUAAUCACUUGAAAUCUUUUUUACCAUGGAAUUUAUUUCUUUCUGCGUUCAUUUCCUUGGAGAUUAAAAUUGAAUGUUAUUUUCGAUCAUCAGUACAAGUUAAACAGACAUUGAGCUACAAACAGUUGAUUGAGUGAAAUCUACUCCUGAUUAGUUAAUUUCUACCUGAGGUAGGAGAACUGGAAGGUUAGAUCUAUUGUUCAACCCAAUGCAUUCUGUUCGUGGUCGUAGUAGUGACAGCUGUCUUGCAGCAUCCCAUCCCCUUAAAAACAAAUACUCUUGUCUAAGUGAGCAGAAGCUGUUGGAUGCAUUUGUUCCCACCUUCUCAAAUUACUCUUUAUUUUCCUCCUCAGUCAGAAAGAUGCAGGGGCUGAGAUACACUUGUAGUCACUGGACUAGUACCAUACCCCAGCGAUUGCUGGGUAACGUGGCCUGUUCAGCUUUGGAAAUAGCUUUAAAUGCCCUGCCAUUCAGUCUGUUUCGAUUUACUCUUUGGGAUCAUCUUAAAGGAACACUCCAAGCACCAUACACACUACAGCUGUCGUAGCUCUGAUGUCAGGAGUGCCAAGUUUCACCCAUUAUAAGUGAUCAAACCGUUUUAGAAUGUUCCCACUUACCUGUGUCUGAUCGGACUUGGUCUCUGCCAGAGAACCCAAAGCUCUGUCUGAGCCAAGCCUGGUGAUACUGCAGGGAUAGGAUCUUUGGCUAAAUGCGAUCUGAUGAUGCUCCUGCUUGGGACCUUCUGGCUUGCAGAUGUAGUGGAGGUGGGCAACUGCUCCUGGUGGUCAGGUAAGACCUCAAAGUAUUCUAAAGCAGUUUGAUUACUUAAAUGGGGGGUGAAUGCUCCUGGCACCAUAUCCACUGCAGCACAUUACUUUUAAUGAAUCUGGGCUGAUAAAUAGCUCAUAUGCACUAAUCUAAAGGAUGGUGUGGCUGUGCUGUACCUGGGAUCUGAUUUUAUCCGAACAGCUCAUCAUGUAAUAAAAUAAAUCUAGCUUGCAAGAGCUCUGUAAAUAUCUAUUCUGUGUGAGUGUGUAGAUAAUUUAUUCAAUCCUUGUCACUAUAUUCCAAUCUGCUAACUAGUUUCUAAUGUUACCCAGUUUAGAAAAAAAAUCAUUACAGAAUUCCUGCUCAGGAAGAAGCAUUUUAGUUCUUUAUUCAAUGUCCGCAUAGAAAAUCGUUCAAAAUAAAUGCAAUCUCAAAUGUCAUUAUUUAGCAAUAAGCCCAUAACUCGGGUAAUGGCUUACUGAUCGUGAAUGAUGUCCCCCACAAGGUGAUUAACUCCUGCACGAAAUAGUCCUUAUAUCUGGGAAAAUAUUAGAGCACUACAUCAUUGUAAAGUCUACAUUCACUCGACACCUGAGCCCCAACUUCGGAGUUAAACCGUUGCCCUGAAGGUAAGAAGGCACCUGUAUAACUUAUAGACUUCCCCAUAAGAAAAACACUUUUUCAGCAUUUACUGCGGUGAAUAAGUACGUUUAAACUCUGCUGCACUAAUGUGGUGAGAUCACCAUCACAUUGUGCCCUGGGCAUCUUUCAGAGAAAUAUCUGACAUGUUCAUGCACACCUUUCAUUAACUCCAGCAGUGAUCUACAAACAUUCUCUGUGAAAAUAAACUACAGGUUUUCAUUUAACCCCUUAAUGACCAAACUUCUGGAAUAAAAGGGAAUCAUGUCAUGUGUCCUUAAGGGGUUAAAGGGAAACUACAGACUGGUAAAUCUCUUUAACUUACCGAAAAGCCUUGUGUGAAGUGUCCUCUUUAUUUCAUUUUACAAAAAGUACAGAUUCUGAUAUAAUUUGGUACUUUUAUAAUUGAACCUUGUUACACUCCUCUGGCUGUCAAUCAGACACACAGUCCUGUUACUUCCUGGUUUGUUUUGCUCGGUGGAGAUAAACUCAAGAGACCGCAAUUGCGCAGAGACUUCUCGUUGAGCUGCAUUGGGAAGCCUGUGAUUGGACAGACACAAAGUCUGGGCGGGGGAAGAAGGGGAGGGCUUGUAAAGGCUGCAGAUAAGAGAUCUGCAGGUUUUACUAGCUGUUUUUAAAUACACCCUAAUGAAAACAUGCAUAAUUAAAUGUAUGGAUGUUUUAAUUUGGGGUAUAUAUACUAAACGGUUAUUUAUUUUUGGAUAUGGGCAGUGGAGUGUCCCUUUAAGAACCUGCAGACAGACGGGGAAUUAAUUUUUAUUUAUUUUUUAAAUGAAAGACAGGCACAGACGUAUGAAGGUUUCUAGAGGUUCGGUUUGGUUUUUUUUUUUUGCAACCUAUAUUAUCUGUUAAAGUGAGUAUUGUCAGGAAUUUCUACUGGAUUGAAAUUUAGGGCCCAGUUGGUCAGCUAUGCUUUCAUUUUGCUUAUUUUGGUGCGACUUGUCGUGAAUUCAAGGUAAUCACGUUAUUCAGCAAAGUGCGACUUGUCGGGAAUUCAAGGUAAUCACGUUAUUCAACAAAGUGCGACUUGUCGGGAAUUCAAGGUAAUCGCGUUAUUCAGCAAAGUGCAACUUGUCGGGAAUCCAAGGUAAUCGCGUUAUUCAGCAAAGUGCGACUUGUCGGGAAUUCAAGGUAAUCGCGUUAUUCAGCAAAGUGCGACUUGUCAGGAAUUCAAGGUUACUGACAUUACGCAUGAUGUCACAGGUUCUGUUUACAUCACUGAUCUCAAUAUGUCUAUUUUACCAUGUUUGACCUCACCUGCUCAAUCAUACGUCUACCCCCUCCUCCUGGCCUACUAUUGGUUGGGUCGUGAAUCAGUCAUUGAGUUGCACACUUUCAUUGGCUGUCUCAUACCAAACUGCAAGUGCUACAAUGUCACACUUCCUGCUGCUCUGUGAUUGGCUGAUGUUUACUCCAUUUUUCACAGCUCUGUAUGAAACAGUAACAGAAAGUCAGUUGUGGGUGCCAGCCCCUGCGGAGCAGCUUAGACAAGGACAGCCAAUAGGAGAGCUGGAAAUGGGAAGCAGAGCCUGUGACGCAAUGAAAAGGUCAGUUUUAAACCUUCCAUCUUCCUCCUUGCAUUCCUCAUUAGUUUAAUUAGGGCAAGCAUGGCUUCUAACUGGGCUCGUUGAUUACCAUAUUACCUGCCUACACAGUACAAUGUCUGAUUACCCUGGCCCCUCUGACAUUCUGCAUCCUGUGGGGCAGUACAUGAAAUGUGUAUGCAGCAUUCAGAUGCUUGCUUAUUCAAACAGGGCACCCAAAGGAAGCCGCUCACAAACCAUACACAGGGCAGCACUAUUCAUGUAUUGGAAUGCUGGUAUGUAGCCAUGUAUUGGGUGAUUUCACAGUUACUGCAUUUUAUAAUAAAUGUGAAUAAUAAUCGGUUAGUGCGGUGUGAAGGCACACAGGGGUCCUGGAUCUUUACUGGGUUUUUCACAUGGGGGUCCUGGAUCUUUACUAGGUUUUGUACUUGGGGGUACUGGAUCUGUACUGGGUUUUGCACACGGGGAUCCUGGAUCUGUACUGGGUUUUGUACUCGGGGGUCCUGGAUCUGUACUGGGUUUUGUACUCGGGGGUCCUGGAUCUGUACUGGGUUUUGCACACGGGGGUCCUGGAUCUGUACUGGGUUUUGCACACGGGGGUCGUGGAUCUGUACUGGGUUUUGUACUCAAGGGUCCUGGAUCUGUUCUGGGUUUUGUACUUGGGGUCCUGGGUCUGUACUGGCUUUUGUACUUGGGGUCCUGGAUCUGUUCUGAGUUUUGUACUUGGGGUCCUGGGUCUGUACUGGGUUUUGUACUUGGGGUCCUGGAUCUGUACUGGCUUUUGUACUUGGGGUCCUGGAUCUGUUCUGGGUUUUGUACUUGGGGUCCUGGAUCUGUACUGGGUUUUGUACUUGGGGUCCUGGAUCUGUUCUGGCUUUUGUACUUGGGGUCCUGGAUCUGUACUGGGUUUUGUGCUUGGGGUCCUGGGUCUGUACUGGGUUUUGUGCUUGGGGUCCUGGAUCUGUUCUGGGUUUUGUACUUGGUGUCCUGGGUCUGUACUGGGUUUUGUACUUGGGGUCCUGGAUCUGUACUGGGUUUUGUGCUUGGGGUCCUGGGUCUGUACUGGCUUUUGUACUCGGGGGUCCUGGGUCUGUACUGGCUUUUGUACUCGGGGGUCCUGGGUCUGUACUGGGUUUUGCACAUGGGGGUCCUGGGUCUGUACUGGGUUUUGUACUUGGGGUCCUGGGUUUUGUACUCUGGGUUCUGGCCUUGCUCACGCCUGUCACCCCUAUUUUGUAGUUUGUCGCAGGGGAAUGCCUAGUGGACCCCAGAGGAAGGAUUGUUGGAAAUGUUGGGGGUCUGUCUUCACCGUGUAUCUGCUCUCCUACCUGUAUUGCUUGCUGCGGCUCUGUGUGUAAAUCUCACUAAAUACAGAUUGUUUACUAGUGAGUGGUUCAGGAGGAUCGCAGUGGCUUAGCUGUAGCGUUGGAUUGGUGCUGUAUUGCUGGUUAGCUCCAUUUCUCUAUGUUUUGCUGUUAUUUUUUAUGUACAGUUAGUCACCUAUAGCAACAUUUCAGCGUAUAUAGAGAACAAUGCUGAUCAUAUAUUGUGAUAGCAGAUUAAUGGGGGCGGUCUCGGCAGUAAGUGCGGGCUGGUAAGUAGUCACUGGAUCUCAGUAUAAGGGCAAAUGGCUGCAAUCUAGCUGGAAUACUGAGUUAGUCUCCCACGUGGCAGACCGACCCGGCCCCUGCUGCUGUUUUAACGCGAGAUAGAUAGAUUAAAAACUGUAUUCUCUGCUAGUGUUGUGCUUCUGUGUUUGGUUUCCACAUGAAAAGUGCUGUCGGGGAGCUUUCACAUGCCGCACAAGAGAAAUCCCUUCUUUAAGGGACCGAUAGGCAGCCAGAACACCUUACCCCAAUGCCAUGGUCCUGUCAUUUUAACCAUUCAAUGUACAACUUUUCCUUUCUGUAGACACAGCGAAGCUUACAUUGCGGGGUUAAACACAGCUCUUGAGACUGAGGGUUUUUUGUUUUGUUUAUUGCCACUAGAGGGCGCCCCUGCUGCUAUAACAGUCAGACUCCGUUAUGAGACCUUUUGACGUUCUCAUUCCGUUACACAAAGACAUCAAACGUCCUCAGGUGCUUCUCCUAGGCAAUCACUAGAUACAAUGUUUCCUUAUGAGAAGACGAAGUGGAGACUGCCUAGAGUGGAUCUCAGGGCUGGGAAUACCAUGUGUCAGUUUGAGCGCUGCAUUAAAACUUCCAUUUACAGCAUUCUAUGCUGUGAAGAAAUCUCCUUUUUUUUAUAAUAUUUCUUCCCUGUUGCAUUCGGUAGAUUUAACUACCGAACAAGGACCACCCCCCUGGCUCGUUAAACUUCAAAGACUGCUUCAAUUGAUCCCUCUAUCUGUGCGGCCAGCGUUCGUACUGCCAAACGCCACAUGGUGGAGAAAACCGCGGCCAUCUUUGUUCAUGUGAACAAAGGCAGCGGGACUUGGUCGUCGAGUGUCUGGAACUAAAAUCAGACACUCGACUUCCCGAACACCGGUCUCAAACAGACAAACGCUGGAACUCUACCGAAUAGCUAGAAGAGCGCUAUUCGGUACUUUGGUGCAUUCGACAGAGGGGAACAAUCGCUGCUAAGAGCCAGGGGGAUCCAUUCGGCAAAACCCACCAAACUCAUGGAACUGUUGUGGGCAGCCAGCCCAGGGUGAGCCGGUCACAGAAGACCUCCACAGUUUUUGAGAACCCCUGAACCGAUCUGGGUGAAAUUUGAAUAUGUUGGUCACCCAGAUCAGGGCUAUCAGGGGACAUGUUAUUUGUGGGGAUACCCCAAGUAUAAAAGGGUGUUUCAGUUAUUGGGAAAAAAUGAGAUUUUUCUGCCUGGAGAUAAUCAAGUUAUUACUUUAUCAGACUUGAUUUAUCUCCAGAGCUAGGGGAGGGAAGUGUGGGUGUGUGUUAUGUUUUUACGGUACUUGAUUGGUUAAUCUUUGUCCCUCCCUGGGGGAUGUCCCCUUACAUGGGGACUUGCAUAAAAGCCUGUGUGCAAUCAUUUAAAGCUCAGUUCAGUUGUACCCUUCUGUGAUGGUAGUAUACGGUAUCACCGUCAAGCAUUCCCUUCUUCCCAUAAAAGAAAAUCACCCAGUACUCCACAAGUAGAAAUAUCCUUGGAAUCGCCGAAUAAUCCACACAUGAGCCAAGGCUUAAUGCUGGAACAAGACUGAUUUUACUGGCACACAGGACACACAAUUUAUGUGAUACAAAACUCCUCCUCUGGGCCAGGCUAGAUAAUUGAGUUUCAGCAAUACACAAAGCUCAAUUGUCUGCUGGACAUAAAUAUUAUACAUUUUAACAAUUUUCAGAAAAGUACUUUCCAUAACACAUACAACUAUAAUUUGGGUAGCUGAGGAUACUGGUAUUCACAUAUCCAAAUCUCACGAAUUUCCGUUCGGUAGUUUCCGUGUCGCAUCGUGUAGAAGUUUUGACCGGCUCGCCAUGUGGAGGUAUCCAAGCUAGAGUUCCAUAAAGUCAGUAGCAAGAGACGGUCUCUGUUAGCGUCCAUCUACACGAAAACCACCGUUCGUAUGGUACAGCUGGUUACAUACGAAUGUUCCCCUCGUUCGGUAGAUUCUAUCUACCGAAUGCCAGUUUGAUUCGUGGAGGGGAACGUAUACAUCCAGGACUUCCACAUUCCAGGCAAUUCAUGCGUACGCCCCGCUGACCACGUUCGUGAGUUUUAAGAUGGCCGCCAUCCCUUGUUCUCGCCACGUGUUCGUGUGCUGAAUGGCGGCCACCCAGGAGCAAUUAAGUUGCGGUUUUCUCCAUGUUCUAAUGCUGAUUGCUACCCAGGGUAGGUGGUCUCUCGUUCGGUAGACGAAUACAAUUAUUCAACACAUACUUAACAACCUAUUAUAAGUAUUUGAACAGCAGGGAGAAGGUACAAUUGAAGGCAUACACGUAAGUACAUGAAAUCUUUCACACCUUCUUCUUUUUUUUGGCUGAUGUUUGGGGAUUUGUGUGUUUCACUAAGGGAAUCAUCUUAUGAAGCUAUUGGGAUUACUAUACGGUUCGUCUACUUUAUAUACCGAACGGAGGGCUAUAAUCACUAAGGCUCUGGCGAUUCGGGAGGAAACUACCGAAUGAGGUUUAAAUAGACUUGGUUUCCUUACAUAUGCUUUGUAUUGAGGGGCUCAUUAUGGUUGCGGCCAAGCAGUAGCUAUUGUUUGUGUUUUAGAUGUUGUGAACUCUAAUUCUCUCCAUCCUUGAUGGGAGUUUCAGUACAAAGCAUUUACAUCAUGUCGAUACACAAGGACUGUACGGUAGCCCACUUUUUAAUGUCGGGUUCCGUUAUAAUCCACAUUAAAUUCGGGGAGCAGGGGAACUAGACACACGCAGUCCCUGUGUUUAAAUAACUCCUCUGUUUAUUGCCUCUCAGAAUAUAAACAGAUUAUCCCAUGUAUUGCACUAAUAAAUAAAAAAAAAACGCUCUCGUACAUUACUGAGAUAUCCAGAAAUCUGACAAUUGGCUUAAAUUUAUCUUUUAAAAACUGUAACAAAUGCUAUGUUAUAUAACGUGAAUUAUAUCACCAUUCCAAUAUGACACAGUAUGUGAUGUCAGCACGUUACGCAGCCAUGACGGCAUCUUUGGUUCUGUGUGUUUAAACAAUUUCUGAAUCCAACAGAGAAGCUGGGAUUCUACUCAAAUGUGCACGUUGGAUUUAGUAAUCAACUGCUUUCUAAUUAUUCUGAAUGUGUCUAUGUAUGUUAUAUAUUUACUUUUUUUAUUUUAAACUUCUACCUCCCAAACCACUGACUUGGUGAACUACUUGUAAUUGCCUGCUGGCCAGCGGCCACUGACAGGUUAACUGUAAGGGUCUGCGCUGAUUGGGAUUGUUGGAAGGAAAGGGGUUACUUGAGAUAAGAAUUGCCUGUUUGGAGGAGGAAGCUGCAGUCACGCAACAAAAACAGAGUUCGUCCAACAUCCUCACGCACUGGCAAUGGGCGCCCAGAAUCUGCCACCAGCUCCAGCCAUCUUUCAUUUCUGGAUCUCCAGAACCCCAAUACCAACCUGAGCCAGCCUGGGAAACCGGUUCUGUGUGACCCAACCCAAUCUUUAUUCCAGGGGAGUCGCACACAAAAAACAAAAUAUAACUUUCUUUGCUUUUUCUUUUUACCUCCUUUUAAAAUAAGUUUGGCUGUAUAUAUAUAUAUAUAUAUAUAUCUCUAUCUAACAAAAUAUAAGAAUUUAAAUAGUGUUUAUUUUUUUGUGUUCUUUCAUCCUCCAUGCAAUAAUAUAAUGUAUUAUUAUUAUGUUGUCCCCCCUGCACACAGUGUAUUAUAACUGCAGCUAUAAGGUUAUGGUGUAAGGAGGUCCCCUGUCUCCCCGCACACAGUGUAUUAUAACUGCAGCUAUAAGGUUAUGGUGUAAGGAGGUCCCCUGUCUCCCCGCACACAGUGUAUUAUAACUGCAGCUAUAAGGUUAUGGUGUAAGGAGGUCCCUGUCUCCCCGCACACAGUGUAUUAUAACUGCAGCUAUAAAGUUAUAGUGUAAGGAGGUCCCCUGUCUCCCCGCACACAGUGUAUUAUAACUGCAGCUAUAAGGUUAUGGUGUAAGGAGGUCCCCUGUCUCCCCGCACACAGUGUAUUAUAACUGCAGCUAUAAGGUUAUAGUGUAAGGAGGUCCCCUGUCUCCCCGCACACAGUGUAUUAUAACUGCAGCUAUAAGGUUAUGGUGUAAGGAGGUCCCCUGUCUCCUUGCACACAGUGUAUUAUAACUGCAGCUAUAAGGUUAUGGUAUAAGUAGGUCCCCUGUCUCCCCACACACAGUGUAUUAUAACUGCAGCUAUAAGGUUAUGGUGUAAGGAGGUCCCCUGUCUCCCCGCACACAGUGUAUUGUAACUGUAGCUAUAAGGUUAUGGUGUAAGGAGGUCCCCUGUCUCCCCGCACACUGUGUAUUAUAACUGCAGCUAUAAGGUUAUGGUGUAAGGAGGUCCCCUGUCUCCCCGCACACAGUGUAUUAUAACUGCAGCUAUAAGGUUAUGGUGUAAGGAGUCCCUUUUGAUGUAAGGGGUAAUGGAAUAUUCUCGGCCAUUCCCAACAGUCAUUGGUGUUCCUUGUGUCUAUUGUAAUUCAUUAAGGAGCGUGAUGGAGCCCAGCAAGGAGUCUGCGCUGGUACCCUUCCCGUGUGGGAGCCUCAAACCGUUGGGUUCUGGUAAAGAGCUGAGACAAUCUGCUUACAGCAUUGCAGAGGGCACAUCUGAUGGCCCACUUCCAGCAAUCAGAGGCAGCGAGGGGUGUGACUGUGCCUGACCUGAACACGCAUUGUGAUGGAGAAACCUGAAAAAACGGGAUCCAAAAGCAAAUCGAGGAUCUGUGUCAGGGCUCUUCAGUAAAGGGAGAAUUGUCAGGAAGUCAAAGUGAAUUUCAAAUUUACAGACAAAAUAACCAAACUGGUUGUGGCAAAACUAGCCACUUAAGACUAUCACUAUAUGAAUAUUGUGACAGAUUCAUCUGUAAGACUAAUAUUGCUGGUUCGUCUAGUUUGCCUUCCUUUCGUGGAAUUACCUGUCCGUAUGCCCCUAUUUGCCUUUUUGUCUUUUUUACCGAAUGAACUUACCGAAGGGACGGCCACCCAGAACAGAAGUGUGCAGCUGAUUAACCUCUUGAUCCCAAUUAGAACGUUGUGGUCAACCGCAGACACCUCUUAAUUAUGACCGAAUACAGAGUGGUCGUCGUUCGUAUGACGACGACGAGGCGGCGGCCAUUUUAAACCAUGCGAAAGACCAGCGGUGUUUGGCGCGGAUUCUAUGGAACUAAAAAUGGACACCGCUGAGACUACAGACCGUCCUCGUUCGUCAAGGCAUGCGAACACCGUCCCGUUCGGGAGUUUGGAGUAUACGAAUAGACCCAGAUAGCCAUCCCAUGGAGUCAAUCGCAUACCGAAAGACUGUAAAAGACUUUGAUUCCACGGCGAUUGAACUGUGCGCUAUUCGCUAAGAAUAUGCACUCAGAUCCAGGCUAUCUGGGGAUACGUUGCACGAAUGUAAUAUGUUCGGUAGUUGCAUAAUUAUUUAUAUUCAUGUAUUUUCUGUCUCAUUUAAAAUGGCGAUUUGCCUAUGUCCUGGGAGAUAAUUGAAUUACUUCUCAAUUAUCUCCAGGGCAGAGGGGAGGAAGCUGGGAUGCAUUAUGGGAAUAUGUUGUGCCUGUAUGUCUUAAAGUGCCAUAUGUCUGUCUGCCAUUAGUCUCCCAUUUGGUCCCCUAGAGGAGUGUCCACCAAGUGGGAGACCUGCAUAAAUACGGGUGGGUAGCCCACAGUACAGCCAGUUCUUGUUUUACCCUCAAUGCGGAGCUUGGUCUCGUUAUUGGGGGGAUUUACUACACACGGUUAGCGACUAAUUGCUGGAACCGUAAGCCGCUUGGAGGAUAUAUUUGUUCGGCUGUUAGCCGCGAUUCGUGGAUUUAUUGUUCGGGAGCUUGGAGCAUCUGUAUGGGUCCCGUUCGGGAGAUUGGCGCAUUCCCCUGGUUGCAGUUCGUACGGUUGGAGUAUAUACGAAUUGAGCCUGCAUUAUUGAGGAAGGGGAAGCUUAACUAAACGGCGGUUUCACUCCUUUGUGCCAGGGGUGUCUUAACAAAUAUGUUUAUAUUCCUUCUGAAGCUGUGAGAACCAAGUAUAUGACAGUAUUUACAUUUCAGGCGAAUGAGGGUGUGGCAAAACUAGCCACUAGAGACUAUUAAUGUAUAAGUAUGUUUGUAUUCUUGCUAAAGCUGUAGAGACCAGUGCAGAAUUGUAUUUGUAUUUCAGGCGAAUGAGGGCAUUCGUAUGCUGGCGGUAUGAAAACCCCAGCAUUCAUACUGUAGUUUCACGAACAGUGAGUUUAAACACUGUUCGUGAAACGAAUAACUUACCGAAUGCACGACCACACACAGGAGGUCGUGUGGCGCCCAUUUACCCAUUCCAACAUUGUUGCAAUCGGUAAUUAAGUGUGUUUCUAGGUGGCCGUCGUUCGACUACCGACCACGCGGCGGUCGGCCAUCUUAGUUCUUUUGUUAGCCCAGCGGGGUUUUGUCGUCGAGCGCCUGGAACCAAAAUCGGCUACUUGACGGCGUGAAUCCCGCUGGACUUCCAGGCCGUUCGGGAGCCCCGGCCGUUCGGGAGGUUGUUCCCCUGAUGUCAAUCGGUAUUUUGAGCAGAACUUGAAUUUCAUGUGUGUUUCAUGCGGCGUUCGGUUAGUUAGGCUGGGCUCUGAGUGCAUGUAUUGUUCAGUUCCCCAUGUAGUCCCCUACUGUACCACCCCUGGAAUGUCAGUAGGGAAACCCCUUAUAUGGGGAAUCCUAUAAAUACCGUGACCUGAAAAUAAAACGUCAGUUGACCUCCAAGCUAUGUGUCGUCUAGUUCUUGGGAGGAAGGGAUUGUAACUAUGCUACCUGGAUUUUACCUGCUUUGUGCCUGCUUGAUUCUGUCUACCAGCGGAGAUACCGUGGAUAAUACUACUACUCCGCUACAGUGGGCAUUCGUAUGCUGGCGGCAUGAAAACCCCAGCAUUCAUACUGUAGUUUCACGAACAGUGAGUUUCAACACUGUUCGUGAAACGAAUAAACUACCGAAUGGAUGACCACACACAGGAGGUCGUGUGGCGCCCAUUAACCGAUUGCAACAUUGUUGCAAUCGGUAGUUAAAGGCUUUCCUAGGUGGUCGUCAUUCAGCUACCGACCACACGGCGGUUGGCCAUCUUGGUUCCUUUGUUAGCCCAGCUGUGUUUGGUCAUUGAGUGCCUGGAACUAAAAUCGGCUACUCAACGGCGCGAACACCGCUGGACUUCCAGGCUGUUCAGGAGCCCCAGGCGUUCGGUAGUUUGUUCCCUUAAUAGUAAUCAGUACUUUAAAGGUGACUGGAAAAUAAUGUGUAUUUUGUGCGGCGUUCGGUUGGGAUCUGAGCGGUAUUCUCACGAACUGUGCGCUCAGACCCCAGCUAUCUACCAAACGUAGUUGUGUAAAUCAGGAGAAUAUUAUUAAAGUUAUGUAUUUUAAUGUAAAAUGUAAGUUCUACUCCAUGGAGGGAUAAUCCACUUAACGGUAUAUUCCAGUGGGAGUAUCCCUCUCGUCCAGCAGUGCAUGAUGGGAGAAAUAUAUGUGUUGGUCAGUUCCCUAUAUAGUCCCCUACUGUAUCACCCCUGGAAUGUCAGUAGGGAAUGUGACGAAGUGCCCUUCGUCACUUGUGCCUGGAGGGGACUACUGGCUAGCCUCCUGCCUUCUGACUAUGGCCCAUGUGCUGAUAGCUGUAUUUUCCCAUGCAGAAAGGUUUAUUUGUGUAUUUCUGCCCGGGCAUUCUGGACUUUCAGUAUGGUAGUAGUGCUAUCCCAGAUAGCUAUGCCAUGGAGCCUAUUUGUGUAACAAAAGACUAUGGAAAAGACUUUGGCUCCAUGGCGAUUGAACUGUAUGUAUGUGAUCUGAGCGCCAUUUCGUAAUAAUGUGCACUCAGCUCUAAGCUAUCUGGGGAUAUGUUGCAUGUAUAUGUUUUAUGUAGUAAUUAUAACAUUGUGUAAUUUUAUGUCUUUUUGCAACCAUGUGUUCAAUGGAGUUUUUCCUCUGUCUUUGGAGAUAAUUGGAUUACUUCCCAAUUGUCUCCAGGACAGAAGACUCUGUGGAACUGGUUUUGGGCAGAAAAGCCAUGCUUCAUUUGGUCACAAAGGACUUUAGACUAACUUUUGAACUAAUGGAAGGAUUUGCAUGAUUUUUUGUUAUGUUUAUAUUUAAAGAAUGCUGAUUCUGAAUAUGUAUGUUUUAUGUGAAUAUGAUGCAUAUUUUUAAAGUUACAGUAUAUGUGUAAAAAGUGUAUUUUUCCAGCCUGUGAUAAAUUACAUUAACCCAUUGUGUUCAGUAAUUAUAUCACAGGCAGAGGGGAGGGAUGUAUGUUUGUGCUGGGUGUGUUUUACGGUUUUCCUGUAAAUGAUUGGUUGUACUGUGUCUCACCCUGUGGAAUGUCCCCUUGCAUGGGGACUUGCAUAAAAGCCAGUGUGUGGUCAUUAAAAGUCAGAUCAUCUUGUACCUUUCUUGAAGCCUUGGCUCAUGUUUGGGGGAUUGGAGAACUACACUCUGGGGAUUGCUAUAAUCACUAUACUCCCCAGGGUAUGAUCACUAAGUUCUGCUAAGAGCUUGUUCCUGUUCCUGCUCUCUGGGGAAAGAGAGGUUAACCCACUGGAAGCUGGAUCCUGGCCUUGGAUCCAGGGUGGGUGGAGACAGCGAGACCCCGGCGCAGCUGCAUCGCUGGAAGUGGGGUCUGCAGUGCUGAUGGUGUCAGUUGGAGUGCUUGGAGUCCUCAGCGAGCACUAGGAUUGGCGGAGGUACUCAGUCGUAGUGUCAGCGGUCCGUCACAGGGAAACCCCUUGCAUGGGGAAUCCCAUAAAUACAGUGACCUGUGAUUAAAAGCUCAGUUGACUGCCAGCCUAUGUGUCAUCUAGUUCCUGGGAAGGAAGGAUUCGUACAAUGCUACUGGGAUUAUUGUGUGCUGUAUUUAUGUCCUUGGAUUAUUUUAUGCUGUUCCUGUUACCUAGCGGAGAUACUGUGGAUUAUACUACCUCUCCGCUGUGAUGGAAUUCCAGUAAAAUAAAAGUUUAGCAGGCCAAGAUUGCCACAAGGCAUAUGUAGGUACAUGUGUUUGUAGUAUCAGUUAGUUAGUUACACGUAGCUAAGAUACUGUCAUCACUGUACUGAGCAUGUGCAGGAAUGCAGGAACUGGAAUUACGCGUUCCUCUCCUUUGUUUCAGAUGAGCCACGUGGUUAGACCGGAUGGAUGAGAUAGGACUCUAUUCAUUGAUUAGGUUAAGGGUAUGUGUGGGCGUAGCUAUUUAUGGGAGGAGCUACAGUGCUAUAUAAGGAAUGUACUCUAUGUAUUCGGUGCUCAGAUCUUUGCUGUUUUUGGUUACAUAAGUCCCUUUGAGUCCCGGUCGGUGAAUCGAAUAAAGAUCUCUUCCUUCCUGAAGAAACCUGUGUCCAUCUCUCUGUGCUUGGCCUCCGUCAGUUUCCCGGUAACAUCUUUGGUGCAUUGGCCGGGAAGCUCGUCCUUAACGGUGGCUAGGAAGCAGAGGCAUGAGAUGGUCUCUUUGCCCACGUUCUCUACGGCUGUACCCCUGAACUUCUGCGUGGGCCUCCCUUCGUCUCGGCGCCACUGGUCUGUUGUCCAGGAGAUCAUCGGCCUCUACGUAGGAAGUACUGGGGUGUCCCCGUCGAUGAGUGUGAACUCAGGUUCAGGAACGAGGAGGUAAGACGACUACUGUUUUAGACGGUGGACCCACUAGGGGUAUUGGAUACCGAUUGUGCGGUAGGCCCAUAAGGGGUUUGAAUUGGAAUUGUGUAUGGAAUUGGCCCCUUCUAGGGAGGGAAGGAGCGAAGGCGCACCGCUCAUAAUUAGACACCCUGUAGUCAGCCCGUCUAAUCUUGGUAUGGAGUCAGGCUGGGUCUUGGUUGAAUGUAUAUAGCCCAAGCCGGACACCAGUGUCUUGUCUAGACUAGCGUAUCUAGGGUGUACAUUUCGUUCGCUAGGUUGGAGGGACCGGGAGACUAAGCAGACUCUGGUGUACAUUAUCGUUUGCUAGUUCUCAACCUAUCUUGGCUAAGUGGGAAGGCGUGUAAAUUUGGAACCCACUAGACUAUUGAUAGAGUAGACAGACUAAAAGGGUAUUGUUGUAAAUUCCGCCCUCUAGUUCGCUAUAUGUGGUGCUUGGGCAGCGGCGGCUAACCAAAACGGAUGUAAAUAGUUUUAGGUAGUCCCUCGAGGUACUGUCCAAUAGAUUAGUUGGGAAACUGUAAAUGUGUUAAAAUUUAUUAUAGUAGAGUGUAUAUCUUGCUGGGUAGCGUGAGCUCUGCCGUCUAGCGAGAGUGUGAAUAGUGUGUAACUGUAUCAUAGCGCACGGUACCAUAAGCAUGUAUUAUAAUCACUGAUACUGUAAAUAAUCACUAAUAACUGUCGUUUAUGUUGUAUGUUUAACACCAUAACUACUAUUAACUGACCUGUGACUUUAAAAUUGUAUUCUAACCAAUGCUAACCGUACUAUAACUACUGUUUGUAAAGACGAUGUUACUAGGGUGUGUUAUAGACGGGUAGACGGGUUGGAUUCAAAGAUCGUUGAUCCCUUAGAUUGUAUGUUAAAGAAUUUUAAAAAGGGAUAUAAUGUAUGUGAUUUUGGGGUAAAGAUGUCUCCAACAUGUUUGACUACUUUAUGUAGCAGGGAAUGGUCUGCCUUAGUUGUUGCAUGGCCUCCACGUGGUAGUCUUGAUCCUAAUCUAGUGCAGCGUGUACACGUAGCUGUAUCUGGUAGGCCGGAACUUUACGACCAGUUUCCAUAUAUUGAUUGUUGGAAACAGGCCGUGGAUGACUUGCCAAAAUGGAUCAGGGUGUGCCAAGAGGAGCAAUGCCGCCUCCUGUUGGCCAGAACUCGUUUGUCCACCAAGGACUUGAUCACGCCCAUUCUGGACAGCCCCCUGAGUCAGAGAUUCCUUUACUGCCCCCCAGGGCCGGACUGGGGAUUCCAAAGCAGCCCUAGAAAAAAAAUCUAUGCCAGCCCCAUAAGUCAUGUAAUAUGUAAGGCUAUGUCUUGCAACCCUAGAUGAUUAUAUAUAUAUAUAAAAAACCAAACGGAUCUUGCACUCCACCAAUUCAAUAUUCAAUGCCCGGUGCUUGUCAGCCAAAAAUGCAAAAAAUAUUGCCAGAGAUAGCACUCCAAGGACUAAUAUAAAAUAUAACUUUUAUUACCUCCACUAAAACAACACAAGGUCAACGUUUCAGCUUGAUCCCCUCAAGCUUUCGUCAGGACAUCUCCUGAUGAAAGCUUGAGGGGAUCAAGCUGAAACGUUGACCUUGUGUUGUUUUAUAUAUCUUUUUCCAAUAUAAAAUAUUGGUCCUUUUAAUUAUACAGUAAGCAUACUCACAUGCAUACACAGACAAUCUCACUGACAAGCUGAUUGAUACACAGCCUCAUACAUAAGGUUAUUGACAUAAAAACACAAGUUCACUCAGUAGCAGGCACACAAACACACACACACAAGCAAGCGCGCGCACACACACACACAGCUUAAUGUAGUGGUACUGGUGUCUAUAGCCUGUCCCUGCAGGCUUUUCAAUGUAAACACUGACUUUUAAGAGAAAAGGCAGUGUUUACAUUGCUUCCUAGUGACAGACACUCAGACGGUCACUAGAGGUGCUUCCUGUGUCAGUGCGGAUUGGCUGAGAUCAUCAAGCUUCAUGAUCUCAGCCGUAGAGGCAGGGCGAGGGGAGACCAGCAUGACGUGGGAAAAAAAAAGUGAGUAAAAACACACAUACACACACACAUACCAUGACACAGACAGACCGUGACACAGACAGAAACACACACACACCAUGACAGACACACCAUGACACAGACAGACACACACACACACACCAUGACAGACAAACACCUUAAAAAAGACACACACACAUUGACACACAUACACACCAUAACACAGACAGACCGUGACACACAGACACACACACCACGACACAGAGAGACCGUGACACAGACACACACACACCGUGACACAGACAGACACACAUUACAUGACACAGACAAACACACACACACCAUGACACACAGACACACAUUACAUGACAGACACACACACACCAUGACACACAGACACACAUUACAUGACAGACACACACACACCAUGACAUAGACACACAUUGCAUGACACAGACAGACGCACACACCAUGACAGACAGUGACACACACACCAUGACACAGAGACACAAACAAUGACACAGACACACAUUGCUGACACAGACAGACACUCACACACCAUGACAGACAGACACACACACAAAUGACACAGACACACACACACACAUACACAAUUUCUACCUGUGGGGAGCUCUUCUGGCGGCCGCAGGGGGAGCUGGCUGUUGUGUCUCUGCUAUCCCCUCCCCUGCGCGUCGCACAGUGAGACGGGAGACGGAAUAUGACGGGGGAGCAGAGACACAACAGCCAGCUCCACCUGCGGCCGCAAGAACAGCCAGCAAACCCUGCGGCCGCCAAAGGAGCUCCCUCUGCGGCCGCAGGUGAGCCAGCUGGCUGCCCGGCCCCAGGUGCCGACGGCCCACCGGGAAAUUUCCCGGUAUCCCGGUGGGCCAGUCCGGCCCUGCCGCCCCCUUACUCCUCCUCUACAGGAAGAGGAAGAGGAGGUACGGCCAGUAAUGCCACUCCCCUUGUCCCAUUGUCUCCUCCUACCCCAUCCUCUAGCUCAGAGUCUAGCCCACUUCCUGUACCUACCCCCACUAACUCCACCUAUCCGGAUUUGACGUCAUUUCUGGUUCCUGGUCAGGCUCCUCCCAGCCCGGCCCGGAAUAUUCUGCUUACCAACCUCCACUUCAGUAAAGAAAAAGCGUCCCCCUCCCCUCGUCUUACUACCCCUCGACCGGAACCCAUAACUGACCUUCCUCAACGAAGCCCCAUACUAACCCGACAAUUGACCGGUACCCUCCAACCCCGACAUUAUCAAAUGCCUCUCCGAUUGACACCGGGCCCGACACACAUUAAUGGUGUAGAAUAUUGCAUAUUCUAUGUUUCUAUUGAUUAUAUAUGGAUGUGUGGAUUGACAUAAGUAACAGAUGGUAUCAAUAAGUCACAAGGCUUUCUUUGUCCGAGAGCUCUGGAAUGUGGAUUUGGGGGUUUUGUCCUUAUAUGGCUAGAGUUAUAUGCUGACGUUACUAUUAGCACUUCUAUAUAGUAACAGAGGGACACGAGGUCUCUCAGUCUUAGUCCUGUCUUGGCUUGGCUCUGUACAACGAUGUAACUCUCCCAUCAGAAGUCCAGCAAUUACCAUCUGCUGUUGAAUGUCUAUAAUCCUGUAACAUCAUUUAUUAUGCUUUAUUAUGUAUCCGUAACAAAGAAUAAACCGGAAGAAACCGGAAGUCAGAUUGCGUAUUACUACUUUUCAAUAAUAUAGACAUAUAUUAUUGUGGCGAGCAUUUGGCCCAAGAUUAUAUAUACAAAAGACGUAUAUAUAUCAAUCAACUGAAGAUAAGAAGAAAUUAAGAAUCAUCAACAUUGAACAUCCAUUCAUCUAGUUUUUUACAUUGGCUAGCCAGCCAGUCUUCUAUUCAAGUUUUGUUCCCACUUCAAGGGGGGAGAGAGAAGAAUCGAGUUACAAAGCUAUUUUGGAACUGGGAAAACAAACUUGAAGAGAAAAAAAGAAUCUAGACUGACUAUCAUAGAUGAACUGUGGUUUGUAAGAAAAAUAGAGUUUUCAAAUCAUAAAGACUGUACAAGACUAUUUUCUACAACUGAGACAAAAAGCACAAGAUACAACGUGAAAUCUAGAAGCAAGCACGUGGCAGAGAUUGGCAAAUUUCCAGAUUCAAGCAAAGAACUGCGCAGCUGUGUGGAUGAAGCAACGAAAUAGACAGAGAUAACUGAUCUGGUGAGUAACAUGGAAUUCAUAAAUGAUAUUGCAGAGAAAAGUAAAUUGCAGUUUGCAUUUAAUAGCAGCUAUUCAGAUGCUGUAUUGUGGCAAUCUUUAUACACACAAUGUGAAAUUGCCAAUAGUAAAAUUGACAAGAAAUUGUUUGUUAAUAAGAAGAAACAAAAUAUCAGAAAUGUUAUGAAACUAGUCUUUACUUACAAUGCAUUGAUUUGUAAACGAGAUGCAGGUCAAGACAAUUUAGAAUUAGCAGAAAAAGAAGUAGAUUUGAAUGGGUUAACAGAAGACAAAUCAGAUUUAAAUGAACAGUGUAACAAUGUAAUUGUGAGAGAACAUUGUCAGAAAAAGUCUGUGAAUUAGAGGAUAGAGUUGAACUAAGAAAUGAUCUUAUUUGCCAGUUUACAAAUGAAGUUAAGCAAGUGUGUGUUAAUACAAGAAAAAUAAAGGCACAGAAUCUAAUCCCAGAACCAAUAGAUACUGAAAAUGUAUCCUCACAGAGUGAUUUGCAGAAAUGCAAAUUUCAAGACAGAACUGCAAAACUUAAUUUGAAGAUCCAUGAACAAUUAAUGAAAAUU